AUGGCGAUCUCAGGCGAAGCAGACAAAGAAGAAGCUGCUACUCCAAUCCCAGAUGGUAACAAGUUCGUAUACCAAAUCCUCAAUGGUCCAAACGAACAAUGUUUUGAGAAUUUCCGAAUGGACAAGCCUGUCUUCUAUAAGCUCUGUGAUCUCUUUCAGACCAGAGGCUUAUUGCGUCACACUAACCGUAUCAAGAUCGAGGAACAGUUAGCAAUCUUUCUGUUCAUCAUUGGUCAUAAUCUUCGAACCCGAGCUGUUCAAGAACUCUUCUGUUACUCUGGUGAAACCAUUAGCCGCCACUUCAACAAUGUUCUGAAUGCAGUUAUUGCAAUCUCUGUUGAUUUGUUUCAAUCCAAUCCGGAUUCUGAUACCUUAGAGGAUGAUGAUGAUGAUCCUAGAUUCUAUCCUUAUUUCAAUGACUGUGUUGGUGUUGUUGAUAGCUUUCAUAUACCUGUUAUGGUUGGAGUCGACGAGCAAGGUCCGUUUCGGAACUGCAGUGGACUUCUUACUCAGAACGUUCUUGCAGCUUCUUCCUUCGAUCUUAGGUUUCGUUACGUAUUAGCUGGUUGGGAAGGUUCAGCUUCUGAUCAACAAGUUCUCAGUGCAGCUUUGACUCGGCGUAACAAGUUACAAGUCCCUCAAGGCAAAUACUACAUUGUAGAUCACAAGUACACGAAUCUUCCUGGCUUUAUCGCUCCCUAUCACGGUGUCUCAACCAACUCAGGAGAAGAAGAAGCAAAGGAAAUGUUCAAUGAGCGACACAAGUUGUUGCAUCGAGCUAGUCGCCGGACUAUUGGAGCUUUGAAAGAACGGUUUCCGAUUCUGACAUCAGCUCCACCGUAUCCUCUGCAAACACAAGUGAAGCUGGUGAUUGCGGCUUGUGCAUUGCACAACUACGUCCGCUUGGAGAAACCAGAUGACAUGGUGUUUAGAAUGUUUGAAGAAGAGACUAUGCAGGAAGCAGGAGAAGAUAGAGGAGUGGCGGCUUUACAAGAGGAGGAGAUAGAGGGGCAUGAACAUGGGUUUCCACCAGAAGAAGUUGGAGAUAGUUUAAGGCUAAGAGAUGAGAUCGCAUCUAAUCUCUGGAACGAUUAUGUGCAAAAUCUGUCUACCUUUUAA